CCUGUGUGCUUCAAUAUUUCUUUUACAGUGAAACACCACCAGAGAAUGCUAAUAAAUAGAGAUGGCGCAAAUCGUUUUGAAACGGAGAAAAUGUUAAAAAUAAACACAACAAAUUAAUUAUCGAUGCGCAUGACUAUUUAGAGCUUUCAAUAUUAAUAUAUAAUCUUUGGUACAAGCUCGCUUGUUCAGUACUACGUUGCUUUUGAGCCUCUGAAGCGUCAUAACAUCGUUUAUGGAAGCGUUGUUUUGCUCUGCCCAUUCUAGGCAAACAUUCAAUGCUGAUAUUGUCUCCACCGACGUAACUUUCUUCAUAUUGAGGAUCACGUCGUUUGUUUCUUCACCUUCAGUAGAGUUAUCAUCUUCAGCAUAGUGAACUUCAUGGACUCCAAUGUAGGUCCAACAAGCCAUUGCUCAAUUUCUGAAUUCUAUAAUGGUUCUACUUCUUGAAGCAAACUUGAAAUGGGGUGAAUUUUAGAUGUAUCAUCAGCCAGCUGUAAACGUAACUCUGAAAGAUGGAUGUCAUCUUCGUUAUCCCAUUCGGUGGUUAUGUCAAACAAUUUUUGAAAAGAUGCCGGAAUUGAAGACACAUUAACGGCAUUCCAUGCAUUAGAUAAAAAAAAUAUUGCGUCUUUCAAGCUGAUGCUUUUCAGAACUUGGUCUAAGAAGAAAAGUUGGAUUGCCCGACCGUUAAGAAGUUCGAAUAGUAAUUACCGCCUGAAGAACAAUAAAGCGACCGUUAAGAGUUGAGCAAGAAGGCACAUGUCUAGUGAGGAUUUUUUUAUCGAUUAGAAACAUUUGAGAGGGUAAGAGUUGGAAAACUAUUCAUUGGAGAGACCUAAUGUAUGUUGUAUAUUUCUGUGUGUGUAUGAACACAUUUAUUAUUAUUUAUUUCGUUGUUGAAUAUGCGCAAUGAUUUUCUUUUGUUGUUAUGACAACAAAAUUAUAAGCUUAACUGUUAUUUUUCCAAAUUCAAUAUCAUCAAUUACGUGAAAAUAAUAAAAAUGGAAAUGAUCGAGUUCUUACAACAUACGAAUCUUCGUAACUUGAAAUGCAAUGUUAAAUCUAUGGUUAAAGACAGGUUACGAAGCAUACAUGAUGAUCUUAAUGAAAGGAGAUCCCUGUUACGAUGUAAUUUAGAGUAUGAGAACCUAAGGUAUUCAGAGGAAUUGGCUUUGUUCAUGAAGAAUCGUAUUGAGGAAGCAGCCAGAAAGAGGGUGCAAUGGUUUGGUAUCCAGAGAAUGCAGCGGGAGCAUAACAAAGAUAAGUUCCUUCAACUUAAGGCUUUGCAGAGAGAAAUGGAAAACUGUGAGGCAACGAGGCAUUGGCAAAGCAAAGCGCUGCUAUUGGAUACCAAAGAAGCCCAACUGCAUCAAAUCAAGGAAAAGGAAGCAAUGAGGCAAAGAGAAAAGCAGAUCGAAUUAAUAUGGGAAGACGUUACUCGGCGAUAUUUCGAAGAAAAGGCUAAGCAAGAUGUUGUGGAAACAAAAUUAAUCAAAACGAUUGCGGGAAUCAAUCAGAACAUUAACAUAAAAAAUUACGAGUGUCAAAGGAAGAACAACAAAGUUGCAGAACAAGCAACUCGAGAACAGUUCGCAAAGGAAGACAUGUUUCACACACUAAUGAACGGAUCACAUCUUGCACGAAGGAAAGUCGCAGAGAGAAAUAAGAAGCUGUUUCAACAAAAAGAGCUUACGGAGCAAAUUACAGAAAAUCAGAUAAUACGCUGGAAAAAUAAAAAAGUCUUGUUCGAUGAAGAAGUGAAAAUUAUGGAAAAUUGUAAUAGUGAAAUCUUGAAUAAUCAACAAGAAGAGGAAAAACGAAAGCGUCCGCACGUGUUUAUUACAGAAUUUGUGGUUUUUUCUUUGGGAUCAGUUGUGAAAACUAAUAAAGUUGAACAUGGUGGUGUCAACAAAAAAGAAAGCAGAAAUCGUAGCUUUAUAUAAAAUAAAUUAUCCAAAGGUCAAAAAGCUCGUGAAAUGUGCAUUAAUGAUCGCUUUCAAACUGCUGGAACAACCAAUGCAACAUUUAACGAAACCACUGGGGUAAAAAUAACUACAAGUUCUAUACAAAAUGUGCUGAAUAAUCUUGGAUUCCGAGCGCGACGUCCAGCCAAAAAGCCACUUCUCAUUAUACGAAUGAAGAAAUACCGACUAGAGUGGGUAAAAUUAUACAAAACUUGGACUACAUCAGAUUGGGGAAAUGUUAUUUUUUCCAAUGAAUCAAAAUUUAAUUUGUUGGAACCCGACGGAAAUGCCACAGUGCGUGGUAGGAAAGGGGAGCGUUUUUUGGAACCCUGUGUUUGGUCCACCGUAAAGCAUUCGCCUUAUUUAAUGGUGUGGGAGCUGUAACCAAGUGUGGUGUUGGGCCGCUAAUUAUUCAAAAAAAAAAAACUAUGAAUGCCGAAAUAUAAAUUGGAAUUUUGAGAGAAAGCGUUUUGCCAAUUAUUGAACAGCUGUCCAAACACGCCCAAAAAGUUUAUUUUCAGGAUAUUUCAGCCCCUUGUCAUAGAGCCAAAGCGGUAACCAAAGCACAAAAAUAUUGAAAUAGAUUUUUCAAUAGUUUAUUACAAACACUUACAAGUUUCAAAACAAAAAGAUUUUUAUGGGAUAGACCCUAUUCACGUGGCCAGGAAACAGUUCAGAUCUCAAUCUAAUUGAGAACUGCUGGCAUUAUUUGGCAAAAUGGUGGGCAAAAUGAUAAGAGAAAAGCGUCCAAAAAGUCGAAAAGAAAUAGAAAACAUUGUUGACGCUGUGCAGAAUGAAGAAAUUAAUAAAAAUUAUCUUUAGCGCUUUUUGGAAUCCAUGCCUAAACAAAUAGCCGAGGUUCUUAGGAGGAGGUGGUGUUCUACAAAAUACUAAGAAUUUUUUUAUACAAAAUAUGUUAUUUUGAUUCGUUAUGUAUUCUAAUGCUAAAUA